AUGGAACGCCAAAGGAAGCAUAUUUUCCCGGUUGGCAAUUCUCUCGAUUCAGCGUUGAAAAAAAAUACCGCCUUCAUCAAGCGUCUUCGUACGGGAAUUAAUGCCUCCGCCCAACAAACCUUUCUAGCCGAUAUUCGCACUCUGUCGCUCCACAAAUAUCUCUCCGAGAUCAUAUCUGCGUGUUACGAAGGGCUUUGCAAACUCAAAUCACCCGGCGAGAUCGCCGCUGGGGUUGAGAUUACCAGCGCACUGCAUCAACGGUUUGGACCAGCGGAAUUUACGAGGCAGAUCGGAUGGCUAGUGGGUCGGGGUCUCAGCACACCGGACAAGGGACAACUGAAGGCCCUCAGUCAGGAAGUGCGCGAGCGUGAAGAGAAGGAACGGCUUUCCCGACAUAGGGUUCUACUGAGGGUGGCCACAGAGCUCUGGCUCGUAGGAGUUCUAAGAACUUUGGAUGACAUCGAGCGGCCAGAGGAUUUGGGCGCAAAGGGUAAAGAUGGAAUCGGUAGCAAGACGCCGGAUGGUUUGUCCAAGGCCAAAGCGCCAUCUACUGCCAAGGACAAUGACAAGGAGGCGGAACCAUUUCCGUUGGAGGUGUUGAAGGAUCUCCUUGGACACGAUCGUGACCAUACCAAUUUGCCACUUGCGGUUUUAUUUGUGAAGAACUUUAGCUGGGACGUUCUUGGGGUCAAGUCUGUCGAAGAAGGAAGGAAGACUGUCGAAGCUGAUGGAGCAACCUCAUCCGGAACCACUACGGAGGCUGCAAGUGGUAGGGAGGAUAUCGAGGACGCCGCGGCGGGUGAGAAUGAUCCUCCUCUUGCUCCGGAGAAGAUCCAACAGCGCUUCAAAAGUAUUCUCAACCGGUACUUGGAGGAUGUCAAGGCACAUGUAGUUCGUGAUCAGAGAGCGUUGGCCGCGCAGAAUCGUCGCAAUGCUGAGGCUUACGUUAAAAGUGGCGAGAUCUUCGAAGACCGACAGGCCAAUUUUGAGAAGCAGACAAAGUCGUUGGACAAACUGGUCACGAACACACAAGUCCUCUGCGAGGGUUUAGGGGCUGAGAUGCCGGCUUUAGCUGAACAAGAGGCAGCUGACCCUGCAUCUAGCGGCGGAAUAGGCCUUGUGAAGACGUCUGAAUAUUUGCGAGGCCAGGGCGAAGGUGCCGGAAUUUGGGAAGAUGAAGAGGAAAGGCGUUUUUACGAGAAUCUGGUUGACCUUAAAGGCAAAGUUCCGGCUGUACUAUUGGAGGACGGCAAGAAGAAAAAGACUGAAUUAGACGAAACAGCAAAAAAAAGGGCAGAUGGCGAGACUGGCACUGAUUCAGGCGCAGAGAAGCAGGAAACGACCGGUCAAGCUCUGUUGUCUGAAGAGAAAGCCAAUGCUGAAGCAGAUGAUCAAUCCACGGCUAUCGCUAGCAGGACCGUUGGAGCCCAGGUGGACGCGCUUUUGGCCAAGUUACCUGAACUGCAAACGAAGGACCAUGUCGAUCAACUGGCGCUAGACUUCUGCUUUCUCAACUCAAAAGCGUCGAGGAACCGACUCAUCAAAGCAGUCUCGGAUGUUCCUAAGGGCCGUAUCGAUCUCCUACCAUUAUAUUCUCGUCUGGUCGCAACCUUAGGGCAGUAUCUACCGGAUAUUCCACAAGGUUUAAUAACGUAUCUCGACGAAGAGUUUCGAAGUCUUCAACGCCGUAAGUCGAAGGAGUUUCUGGGCCAGGUCCGGAUGGGUAAUGUUCGCUAUCUUGCGGAGUUGACCAAAUUCGGUGUGGUCCCGGAACAUAUCAUCUUCCACUGCUUCAAGGUUUCUCUCGAUGACUUUUCGCGAAUGAAUAUUGAAAUUAUCGGACACCUUUUGGAAAAUUGUGGCCGAUAUUUGCUUCGCAACCCUGAUACCUCCCCAAGGAUGGCCUCGUUCUUGGAGACUCUGGGGCGAAAGAAAGCUGUACAACACCUUGGUCAGCAAGAACGAAUGAUUAUUGAGAAUGCCGUAUACUAUGUUGAUCCGCCGCCUCGGCCGGCCAUUCAACAGAAGGAACGCACGCCGAUGGAGUCUUACAUCCGAAGAUUGCUCUACAUGGAUAUGAACAAGCGCAACUAUACCAAGGUUUUGAAAUCAAUCCGCAAACUUCACUGGGAAGAACAGGAGGUGGUCGAUAUCUUGGAGCGUGUCUUCAGCAAGCCGGUGAAAGUCAAAUACGGCAAUAUCCACCUUCUGGCAAUUCUGAUUAGCGCUCUCUACAGAUACCACCAGGACUUUGUGAUUGGCAUUGUGGACAACAUUCUCGAGCAGAUAACGCUUGGUCUUGAGCAGAACGAUUUCAAGUUCAACCAGAAGCGCGUCGCCGAAGUCAAGUAUCUGGGAGAGCUAUAUAACUACAAAAUGGUUGAUUCGCCCGUGAUUUUCGAUACCUUGUACCGCAUUGUUACGUUCGGCCAUGAAGGUGGAACACCGGUUCCGGGCAAACUCAGCGUUCUGGACUUGCCGGACGACUUCUUCCGAAUUCGCUUAGUUUGCACACUGCUGGAUACUUGUGGGCACUGCUUUGACCGAGGAUCUGCAAAGAAAAAGCUAGAUUUCUUUUUGACUUUCUUCCAGUACUAUAUGCUUACAAAAGAUCCGCUGCCAAUGGACGUCGACUUUCUCGUUCAGGAUACUUUCACGAUGACUCGUCCUCAGUGGAAACUAGUGACUGACCUGCAAGAAGCUACCAGCAUAUUCAGCGAGGCGGUGGCUCAGAACUACAAGACACAGGACUCCGAGAGGCCCGUGGAGCAGGAUGAAGAUGAUGCCGAAAGUAGCUCAUCUGAUGAAGGUUUAGAGGAAGAUGCAAUUCCAGAUGUGGAGGAAGAACAGGAGUCGAGUGACGAGGCGGAGGCGUCUGGGCCAAAUGCCGAGCAAGACGGCGACAGUGAGUCCGAAGACGAGCAGAUCUUCGUUACUCGGCAAGAAGAGGAACGCGACCCGCAAGCAGAAGCCGAGUUUGAUCGUGAGUUCGAGAAGAUGAUGGCAGAGAGCAUGGACUCCAGAAGAUUUGAGCGCAAGGGUGUGGUCGAUAUACCUCUACCUAUGAAGCGCAGUGCCCGAGAGCCUACGACCCCCGAGAAUGCUGCAGGCGGAUCUCAAGUACCGCCGAGGACCAUGGCAUUCUCCUUGAUGACCAAGAAGGGGAACAAACAACAGACCCGUACGAUCGAUCUUCCAUCUGAUUCCAGCCUCGCCGUUGCCAUGAGAAGUCAGCAGCAGGCCGAUCGUGAGGAGCAAAAGCGAAUCAAGAGUCUUGUUCUGAACUAUGAAAUGUCAACUGAUACGGACAAUGCCGAAGCGACUGCCGAGAAACGGACGCCUCAUCGCGAUGCCAAAAUGGACAAGUCGGCCGCCAACCGUACAGCGUUUCGCUCCCGGAAACUCCAGCUUAGCGACGUCAAUUGGUAA